GUGUGGGAUCGUAGAACCACGGGAUGGGUUCGGUGUGAAGGGACCUCAGACUCCAUCCAGUCCCACCACGGCCAUGGGCAGGGACACUUCACACUGGAUCAGGGGCUCCAAGCCCCAUCCAACCUGACCUUCAACACCUCCAGGGAUGAGGCAGCCACCACUGCUCUGGGCAACCUGGGCCAGGGCCUCCCCACCCUCACAACAAAACAUUUCUCCCCAAGAUCUCAUCUCCAUCUUCCCUCUUUCAGCUCCAAACACUUCCCCUCAUCCUGUCCCUGCACUCUCCGAUCAAGAGCCCCUCUCCGGCUUUUCUGGAGCCCCUUUCAGUCCUGGAAAGCUGCUCUAAGGUCUCCCAAGAGACUUCUCUUCUCCAGCCUCACGCUGAGGAGGGCCUGCUCUGUUGUCUGCAACACCGAAUAACCCAGGACUAUGAGCACAUCUUGCCAGAAUGGUGCUCAGGGUGGGAGCCAUGGACCCCAGACAAGGCCAGUCGUGGAGGCAGAGGAGAAUCUGUGAUGUUCAGGGAAGCUGCCACUACAAGCCCCAGCAUUCCUCCACACACACCUCCAGCUCAGCCCCGCCCUUGUGCCCUCUUUAAUGCAGAGCUGGUGGUAACUUGGGCAUCCUAUGGGUUGUUCCCCUGCAGAGAAGUGGCUGUUGGAGUUGCUUACUUUGUGGGUGACAUCCUUUCAUUUGAAAAGACUGUUUUUGUGAUUCUUUGCCCAACCAGAGUAGGAGAAGGGUAAUCUGGGGAGGUGGUCACUUUUGGUUAACUAAAUUGUUUCCAUAAAGGAAGCAUCUCCCACCUUCAGGUGGAAUAUCAACUGCUUCUAGGAACUUGUGAGCAGCUCCAAAGUCCAGACCUGCAGCCCUGUCCCUGCCUUCCACCAUCAGUUUGCUGAUUUCUCCCCAAGACCCCAUCUCCAUCUCCCCUCUUCCAGCUCCAAACCCUUUCCCUCAUCCUGUCCCUGCACUCCCCAAUCAAGAGUCCCUCCCCAGCUUUCCUGGAACCCCUUUCAGUCCUGGAAACUGCUCUAAAGGUCUCCCUCCAGCCUUCUCUUCUCCAGGCUGAACAACCCCAACUCUCUCAGCCUGGCCUCGGACAGGAGGUGCUCCAGCCCUUGGAUCAUCUCCGUGGCCUCCUCUGCACUCGCUCCAACAGCUCCAUGUCCUCCCUGUGCUGAGGACUCCAGAACUGGACGCAGGGCUCCAGCGUCGGGGAACCGCGACCCCUGUGCCCCCCGUGUCCCCCAGCACCUCCCGCAGCAGCCGUCGCCUCCGCCUCGUUCCCCAGCUCCGGGGACAGGGGCGUCCCAGCACCACCAGCACCCCUGAGGGAUGCAGGCAUCCCAGCCACAGUGGCACGUCCGCACUGGAGCGUCGACAUGGGGCCGAGUGGCCGCGACCCCAGCCACGCCCCGUUGUCAGAGAGAUAUUCCAUAAAAAACUCAAAUCCCCGCGCAGCCCCGGCUGCUCCCGCACCCCCUCAGCUGUGGCCAGGCAUGUCCUGCGGCGCGGGGGCCACCCCAAGCCAUGGGCAACUGCACCAAGACCCCUGAGCGGAGGCUUGCCAAGGAUGGGAAGCCACGCUCCGGUCCCUCAGCUGCUGGCCCCGGGGACCCCGAUGAGGCAGGGGAUGCGACGCAAUCCCCUCCGUUGCAGAAUUACUCAGUGCUGCAGGGGCUGGUGGGGCCGGCCUGCAUCUUCCUGCGGCAGAGCAUAGCCAUCACCCAGCUGGACCGAGAGCUGCGGCCAGAAGAGAUCGAAGAGUUGAAACAGGCCUUCCGGGAAUUUGACAAGGACCGUGACGGAUACAUCAGCUACAAGGACCUGGGCGAGUGCAUGAGGACCAUGGGCUACAUGCCCACCGAGAUGGAGCUCAUCGAGCUGUCCCAGCAGAUCACUGGCGGCAAGGUGGAUUUUGAUGACUUUGUGGAGCUGAUGGGCCCCAAGAUGCUGGCGGAGACGGCGGAUAUGAUUGGGAUCAAGGAGCUGCGUGAUGCCUUCCGUGAGUUCGACACCAAUGGGGACGGGCAGAUCAGCAUGGCCGAGCUGCGGGAGGCAAUGCGCAAGCUCCUGGGGCAGCAGCUCAACUACCGGGAGGUGGAUGAAAUACUCAAGGAUGUGGAUCUUAACGGGGACGGCCUGGUGGACUUCGAAGAGUUCGUGCGAAUGAUGUCGCGCUGAGGGCAGCGCAUGCCAACACGGGAUCUGAGCCCCCGCCGUGCCUUAUGAAGAGGUGGGGGACACGGAGGAGUCACCCGGCUCUGGCUGCUGCAGCUGGAAACGUGACGGUGCAGCGUGGCACCUGGGCCAGGAGCGGGGCUGCAGCACCCGAGGUGCUCCUGCUCACCCUUGACCACGACAUGGGACACUGGGGCCAACGCUGAGUACCUUUUGGGCGUGGACUCAUCUAGGCCUUGGCUGUUGUUCCCCAAACCAAAGCUGUUCCCACUGGCCCAGGUUGCCUGAGAAGUGGUGGCUGCUCCAUCCCUGGAGGUGUUCCAGGCCAGGUUGGAUGGGGCUUUGAGCCUCUGAUCCAGUGGGAGGUGUCCCUGCCCAUGGCAGGGGGUGGAACUGGGUGGGCUUUGAGGUCCCUUCCAACCCAAACCAUUCCACGAUUCUAGGAAAUCUGAACUGUGCCGGGGACCUCCCACCCCAUCCCUCCAUCCCUGAACCCCAUGACCAGCCCUUCACACUGACCUCGCACCUUCCACACUGUGAUACAGUGAUGGUGUCACCCAUUGCAUCAUCCAUCGCGUCGCCCAUCACAUUGCUCAUCGUAUCGCCCGUUGUGUUGCCCAUCACAUCGCCCAUCAUCUCACCCAUUGCAUCGCCAAUCAUGUUGCCCAUUGUAUUGUCCAUAGUGUCACUCAUCGUGUCGCCCAUCGCAUUACCCAUUGCAUUGUCUAUCACGCUGCUCAUCAUGUCACCCAUUCUGCUGCCCAUUGUGUUGCCCAUCAUGUCGUGCAUCCUGUCACCCAUCAUGUCAUGCAUUGCGUUCCCCAUUGCGUUGUCCAUCAUAUCACCCAUUGCGUCACCCAUCACAUUGUCCAUCAUGUUACCCGUCGUGUCACCCAUGUCACCCAUUGCGUCACCCAUGGCAUUGCCCAUCACAUCACCCAUCAUGUCACCCAUUGUGUCCCCCAUGGUGUCACCUAUGGCAUCAUUCCUCACGGUGUCCCCCCCCCUCCUUCGCCUGCUUUGGGGCGGGACAAUGACCCAACGUGUCCCCUUUCCCCUUUGCAAUGAAGUUCCCUCUACUCGAGC